AUCGGCCGUCAAGUGUCGCGCGCGCGAGACACACCGUCGUCGUCGGUCGGUGCGCCGUGUGACAGCUCUCGUGCGCGGUCUCUCCUCUGUGUUGACGUUCGAUCGUCAUACGCCGUACGUCGUUGUCCUCGCCGUCGACAUCAAGCAGCUAACCUAACCGCGCGCGCGAGAUCGAGUGCCGAGAGUAGUCGCGGCACCGCGCGCGGGCAGGCGGGCGGGCUUGACAGCUUCCGGGGAGGCCGGCGUCCCCGGCGACGAGCCGCGCGCUAGUGGCUCGGCAUCCCACCGUCGAGCAGCAGCAGCAGUAGCAGCAGCAGCAGCAGCAACAGCAACAUCGUCGACGAGACAUCGUCGCCGAUCGGUCAUCAUCAUCGUCAUCGGCGGCGGCGGCGGCGGCGGCGGCGGCACCAUGGCGGACGAUCAAGAGAACAACACGUGUGAGGACUCCCUCGGGCCGGGCGACACCAACACCGUCUUCGCCAAGAAGCUGCGCGGCCGGAAGGGCGCCCUCAAGAAGAAAAAUGUCUACGUCGUCAAGAAUCACAGCUUCAUGCCGAGGUUCUUCAAGCAGCCCACCUUCUGCAGCCACUGCAAGGACUUCAUAUGGGGCUUCGGGAAACAGGGAUACCAGUGCCAAGUCUGUAGUUUCGUCGUUCACAAGCGAUGUCACGAAUACGUGACCUUCACGUGUCCGGGGGCCGACAAAGGAGCUGACUCGGACGACACGCGGACGAAGCACCAUUUCAAGCAACACACCUACAACAGCCCCACCUUCUGUGACCACUGCGGUAGUCUUCUCUAUGGUGUCAUCCACCAGGGCAUGAAGUGCCAAGCAUGUGACAUGAACGUGCACAAGAGAUGCGAGGAGAGCGUGCCGAAUCUAUGCGGAUGCGAUCACACCGAAAGACGUGGUCGUAUACACCUGCACAUCACGUGUUCCGGUAGCAAGCUCAACAUAGAAGUGCGGGAGGGACGAAAUCUCAUUCCGAUGGAUCCGAACGGGCUGUCGGAUCCUUACGUUAAGCUGAAGCUCAUUCCGGACUCGGACAACGUGAAGAAGAAAACAAAGACAAUCAAGUCGUGCUUAAAUCCAGAAUGGAACGAGACAAUCAUCUUCGACCUCAAGCCCGAGGAUAAAGAUAGGCGGCUGUUGAUCGAGGUGUGGGAUUGGGAUCGAACGUCCAGGAAUGAUUUUAUGGGAUCCCUGUCCUUCGGCAUAUCGGAGCUUAUCAAAGCGCCCGCGAGCGGCUGGUUCAAGCUGCUCACCCAAGAGGAGGGAGAGUUCUACAAUGUACCUGUUCCCGAGGAGGGCGUUGACCUCGCCGAGCUUAAAACCAAAAUGCGGAAAACUUCGGUGACGAAGAAGACACACACGGCCCAGGACAAAGACGUGCCGCACAACAUGGGUAAGAGCGAUCUGAUACGAGCCAGCGACUUCAACUUCCUGAUGGUACUCGGCAAGGGCAGCUUCGGCAAGGUAUUGCUGGCGGAGAGGAAAGGCACCGAUGAACUGUACGCCAUCAAAAUCCUCAAGAAGGAUAUUAUUAUCCAGGACGACGACGUGGAGUGCACGAUGGUCGAGAAACGCGUGCUCGCGCUCUCGAGCAAGCCGCCCUUCUUGGUGCAGCUGCAUUCUUGUUUCCAGACAAUGGACCGUCUGUACUUCGUGAUGGAAUACGUGAACGGUGGCGAUCUGAUGUACCAAAUACAGCAAUGUGGCAAAUUUAAAGAGCCCGUGGCAGUAUUCUAUUCGUCCGAGAUUGCGAUCGGCUUGUUCUAUUUGCACUCCCGCGGAAUCGUCUAUCGCGAUCUCAAGCUCGACAACGUCCUACUGGAUCAGGACGGCCACAUCAAGAUUGCGGAUUUCGGUAUGUGCAAGGAAGGCAUCACCGGCGACAAGACCACCAAGACCUUUUGCGGCACACCCGAUUAUAUAGCGCCCGAGAUUAUCUUGUAUCAACCCUACGGCAAGUCUGUGGAUUGGUGGGCUUACGGCGUAUUGCUGUACGAAAUGUUAGUGGGUCAGCCGCCGUUCGACGGCGAGGACGAGGACGAAUUGUUCUCCGCGAUCACGGACCACAAUGUCAGUUAUCCAAAGAGUCUGUCCAAAGAGGCUAAAGAAGUUUGUAAAGCGUUCCUCACGAAGAAUCCCAGCAAGAGACUAGGCUGUGGAAUGCGCGGCGAGGACGAUGUUCGAAGCCACGCUUUCUUCCGACGUAUCGACUGGGAGAAGAUAGAGAAUCGCGAGGUGCAGCCACCCUUCAAGCCAAAGAUUCAACAUCGUAAGGACGUGAGCAACUUCGACAAACAGUUCACCUCGGAAAAGACGGAUCUGACUCCCACGGAUAAGCUGUUCAUGAUGAACUUGGACCAGACGGAAUUUAUGGGCUUUUCGUUUCUCAAUCCAGAGUUUGUGCAACACGUCUAAGCGAAUACUUUCUCAGGCUCGUACCUACUCUCCACUUCAUUCCUUGCCAUUCAUCUUCCUCUUUGUCACUCAGGGCUCUCUCAUUUUCCUCUCUCGCUCUCUGUCGAGUUCUUUCUCGUCUCUCUUUACCUCUUUCUCUCACUCUCACUCUGCCUCUCUAUCUCUGAAUCUCGCUCUAGCAAUCUCGUGAAAGUGACAAAAGCGAGAACCUAAGACACCGUCGUUUUUGAAUCUCGUUAAUAAGAGUUUAUGCGAGACUCUUUAAUGUAUUUCUAAGCAAUCGCGUACGAUAAUCGCGUAUGCAUCACUACGCUGUAAGGGAGAAGAAAAUUGAAGAAGGAAAUGGGUGCUGUGAAGAUGCGUCGAACAAAUCUACGAUAGCUGUCGCGAAGGAAGGACGAAGUCGACGGACGGAGAAAUAGCGCGCGUAAAAAUAUUGCGUUUCCUUGCAUAGCGGAAAAGAAACAGAAGAAGAAGAGUAAGAGGAAGAGGAAGAAGAAGAAGAAGAAGAAGAAGAAG